UGGCUUUCCAGUAAGCGCAAAAAUUAAAAAAAGCGACUAUUCAGGCUGACGAUACCUGACGCCAGAAAAAGAUGACCGAGUCUACCGCUGCCACCGCCCCUGCUGCUGGCGCCGCCAAGGCGGCCAAGGCAAAGGUGCCUCGCACCAAGCCGACGCUCCCGCCCACCAACGAGAUGGUCCAGGGAGCCAUCAAAGGUCUGAAGGAGCGAGGAGGCUCGUCGCUGAUCGCCAUCAGGAAGUACAAUAUACUGUACAUUGCAGCGAACUACAAGGUCGACGUUGAAAAGCUGGCGCCGUUCAUCAAAAAGGCUCUCAAGACUGGCGCCACCAGCGGCGCCCUGGUGCAGGCUAAAGGCAAGGGUGCCAGCGGAUCGUUCAAGCUGUCUUCCGCUGCUGCCAAGCCGGCCAAGCCCGCCGCAAAGUCGCCUAAGAAGCCGGUGGCCGCGAAAAAGACACCAAAGAAGACUGCUCCCAAAAAGUCGGCGGACAAAAAGAAGACCGCCAAGUCUCCCGCCAAGGCCCAGAAGCCCAAGGCCAAGCCAACCAAAGCAAAGAAGGCCAAGUCGCCGGCGAAGAAGCCCAAGGCACCGAAGCCCAAAAAGACGGCUGCCAAAAAGCCUGCCGCCAAAAAGGCCCCGGCUAAGAAGUGAACGAUGUGCCUGACCAUUCCGCUGGCACAUGUCAAUGGCUCUUAUCA